CUCGCUGCCGCUCACAUGUCGGCGGCCGGCGACGAGAGCGGCGGCGGCGCCGCCGCCCUGCCGCAGGGCCCGGUGCCCGUGGAGCACGUCAAGGCGGCCAACGGGCUCGAGAAGGUCGUCCUCCGCGAGGUCCGGGGCAACUCCGUCGAGGUGUACCUGUAUGGUGGCCAUGUCACAUCAUGGAAAGAUGAGCAUGGCGAGGAGCUGCUUUUUGUUAGCAAUAAGGCUAUUUUCAAACCUCCAAAAGCUAUACGUGGAGGUAUACCAAUCUGCUUUCCUCAGUUUUCCAACUUCGGACACCUGGAAGCUCAUGGAUUUGCAAGGAACAGGACCUGGAUUGUUGACACUGAUCCACCACCAUUUCCAGUACCAGUCUCUAGCAGAGCUUACAUUGAUUUAAUCCUUAAACCUACCGAAGAAGACUUAAAGAUCUGGCCACAUAGUUUUGAGUACCGUCUGAGGAUUGCACUUGGACCUGGUGGAGAUCUAAUGCUGACUUCACGUAUAAGGAAUAGCAAUGCAGAUGCAAAGUCAUUCACUUUUACCUUUGCAUAUCACACAUACUUUUCGAUUUCUGAUAUAAGCGAGAUAAGAGUAGAAGGUCUUGAAACUCUGGAUUACCUAGACAACUUACAAGAUAGGGCCCGCUUCACUGAACAAGGCGAUGCUAUUGUUUUUGAAUCUGAGUUAGACAGAAUAUAUCUGGGCACACCAUCAAAAAUUGCCAUUAUUGAUCAUGAGAAGAAAAGGACAUUUGUUGUGAGAAAAGGAGGCCUUCCGGAUGCUGUUGUUUGGAACCCUUGGGACAAAAAGGCUAAGGCAAUGUCAGAUUUUGGGGAUGACGAAUAUAAACGCAUGGUAUGUGUGGAGGCAGCUGCUAUAGAGAAGCCAAUUACUCUGAAGCCUGGUGAGGAGUGGACUGGAAAAUUGGAAUUAUCUGCAGUCCCGUCUAGUUAUUACAGUGGUCAAUUGGACCCAGAUCGUGUUAUUCAGGAUUCAGUUGUCCCGGAGGAUUCCAUCAGCUAGCCCUUAGUGAAUCUUGUGCAGGUAGACUAUUAAUAUCGUAUGCACAAGGGAAAUGGCAUCAAGGAGUGUCAAAACAUUCCUUCCAUUCUAUUCAAUCUUUGUUGUUUUCGGCAUGCACAUCAGAACAAAGCGAAUCUACAUGACACAAAGGACAAAACUUUGUUCAUAUCCUCUUUAGGGAUGUUUGAAGAAACAUCUCGGAUGGGUUGUAAAAUAAAUUUAUGACUGUAUUAUAUCAGUUUCUUUUAUUCUUGGAUGCUAAGUUUCAUAGUGUAAAACAUUCCAAGGUUUUGAGCUGCAUGGCUUUGUUGGUGGUUACAA